CUCACCUGAUGUUAAGUGAUGAUGUGGGUGUUAUUUGUCAACAAUAUGUAUAUUAAAUAUUAACUCAAACCUACCAAUAUUUUGGAAUAAUAAAUGUUUGAAUAAUGAUUUUAUCAAGUAAAAUUGUGUAAUUAGCUAUUCGUAUAUGUUCAUUUUUUACUGCAAUAUUUGGAUAAUGGACAAUCUAAUGACAUUGAUGUUAUGUGAAAAUAAUUCCUGCUGCUGUUUAUCAAAAAGAAUUACUGUUGUAAUGAUAUCUCUUAUUAGUUUGGCUGGGUCCCUGGUGGACAUGAUGACAACAGAAUCAUCUAGAAAACAUUGCCCAUCACGCGCUAUGAUUGACUCCGUCAAACUAUUGCUCGUGACGUUAUUCCAAAUGGCAAACUUGUUGCUGCUCCUGGCUUCGUUUCUCGAAAAUUCGCUGUUAGUUCAAGUAUACCUGUGGUACAUGCUGGGCUUCGUCGUGAUGGGUUUUAUGGUCACCAUCGCAGAGUUUCUCAUCAGCAAGAAUAGGGAAGGUCUCAGGAGCUUCAUCAGUUUUGUACCGGAAGUCGCAUACCUUUUUGUAAUAUACCGGUGCCUGCCCAUAGUGGAUACGUAUAGAAAACUUGUUGAUACAUCCGCUGUAAAAACAUAUUUGUAAUUAAGACUAGUUAUCUUUAAAUUUUUUAUAACCUAAACUUUCUCACUUCCACGUAGCUAUGAUAUUGGAAAUAUUUUCUUUCUAUAACAGUAUUUCUUUGGACUCUGUACUGUAUGUGUUCAAAACGUGCAAUAUACGUAAAAAAGGUUUGUAUGACAUUUUUUUCCCAAAAAAAUAUGGAUAUUAGUGCUGGUGUUCUGAAGUGAUACAUACUUUCGGUAAUGAACUUUAAUCUAAGCAGAUGUACCAUACUCAGCAGACAACUUUCAGAUAUACUUAAACACAUUUUUUGUAAACACAACGUAGAAAAGACCAAUACA